AUGGAGCUAUCGAAAAUCAGUUUACGUUUAACCAGGGAUAAAACCGCUAGCAUAUCCAAAAAUGAAAUUCCAACUCGAACUCUGGCAGCCAAACAAACAUUCUGCCAGAUGGACUGCACAGGCUUUCCUGAUGGUUCCUACGGAGCUGGUUGUCGAUCCUACACCGCGUGCAAGGGAGGGGUUGGCACUUUGGUGACAUGCAAAGAUCAUGAAGCUUAUGACUAUGAUACUAAGAAAUGUGAACGAAUUGAAGAUGUCAAACCUCCAUGUGGCUUGAAGAGCUCCGAAUGUAUUAACAAGCCCAACGGGAGGUACCCCUUGAUGUCUGAGCAGUGUAGAUGGUACUUCACUUGUCAGAAUCAAAAGUACUUGGGAGCAAAUCCUUGCAACAACCCACCUUCUGGAACCGCCUUGGUUUUUGAUAAGACGCUCGAUGUUUGCAACUGGGCGACCCAAGUUCCUCCACCGUGCGGGACCAAGCAGUAG